AUGAAGAGAAUCAACCACAAUAAACCUUCUUCAAACACAGAGCAGAAACCAUCACCGAACACAAACGGCCAAGAGGAUAAACCUCGAAAGCAGCUCUCUUCUUCUAUUGCUUCCCUUCGGUUUAUGAACAGAAACAAACCACAAACACCGGCAGCAAGUUUGCAAGCAACAUCUCGGAAAAGUAGUUUUGCUUCAUCAUCAGCCCCCACGACAAAUCCUCAAUCUCUCACAUUUAAAUCAACAACAUCUAGACUUGUUGUUCCCUCCUCUCACAAAACCGACUCUUCAUCGAAUCAAACGGACAAUGUUGCUGUUCAUCACGUGGAAAGUUCAAAUCAAACAAGAGACCACCUGAGUGAGCAAUGGAGUUACAUCAAAGAGGGAAAAUUAGAUCAAGUUAUUCAACAAUCCUUGUCUUUUUCAGGGAAUAACCAAGAACAAAUUAUUGAAAGCCUAGGGUCUUGCGGCAUUGAACAAGAUUGUGAUUCAAUUUAUUCGAUGGGUUUUUAUGGAAUGAUGGAUUCCUCGUCGUCAUCAUUUCCAACAGCAACUACAUCAAUGAAUACUGAAAAUGAUGAUACUCAAAAUUCGGAAUUACAAUCAUCGUCGGGACGACUUCGCUUUGGUACAUUCAAGCAGCAGCAACAGAAACAAGAAGAGAACGAUGAAAAAAACAAUCCACUCAAGCGGAAAAAAGACAACAUUACUUUACCCAUUGGAUGGCAACAACAACCUCCAUCAUUCACUAAAUCUUCUUCCAACUCUAGAUCCUCCAAGAAAACAAAACUUUCCCAUCACAAAUCUCAAACCCAGCGAAAGCCUUGA